GGUGAGCCUAUCCAACAUGAGCAACUGUUCGCCUACACCAACGGUCGCUUUCUCGUCAACGAGAAAGCGGAAAUGUCAAAGCGAUAUGCCAAGUUCGACCUCACUGCUCUGUGCGAUACUGUGUCCGCUUUACCUCAAAUCUGUUCUCCCAUUGCUACCAUUGACAAAAUGGAAGGUGGCUUCAACAAGGCACUGCUCAUGACAGCCCAAAAUGGGAAACAAAUCAUUGCGAAAAUACCAUUUCCCAGUCUUGUUCCACAACAAUAUACUACGGCAUCGGAGGUAGCUGUCUUGAAAUAUGGUAUAUUACGGAACCCCUGCUAUAGCACCUUUCGCUGA